CUAAAAUAUUUUCCUCUGUCCGAGCGGUGGAUUAAUGUAUACAGUGAUGCGCUCGGAUUUCAAUGUUGUCUGGAUGAUGAUCUGGUAGUGGAAUUUGGACAAAAUGAUCGACCGAGGAUCUCUCUCACGGAUCAUUUUUACUUCGCUUUGUUGUCUUUUCAGCAUUGUGAAUGGGCAGAUUGUGUACUCUGUAUCGGAGGAGAGUAAUCCGGGCACUACAGUGGGUAAUUUAGCCAAAGAUCUGAACCUCAAUGUUCAAGACUUGGAGCUUCGUGGAUUUCAGAUCGUUUCGGGACCUAAUACGAGAUAUUUCGAUGUUAAUGUGAAAACGGGAACUCUGCUUCUGAAAGAGAGGAUAGAUAGAGAGGACAUAUGCGGACGCAGCUCGAAGUGCUCGCUAGAGCUGGAGGCCAUCGCUAAAUCGCCAUUAAACAUGUACAGGUUUGAAGUUAAUGUUUUAGAUAUCAAUGACAAUGCACCUGAAUUUCGCUUGCCUAUAUUAUCGCUAAAUAUAUCUGAGGCUGCUGUACCGGGUGAAAGAUUUGCGUUACCGAGUGCAUAUGAUGCUGAUGUGGGCAGUAACUCGGUUAAGAGCUAUAAGCUGAGCCCGAAUGAACACUUCUCUCUGGAUGUACAGAGCGGAGGAGAGCAGAGUGUAUCUGCUGAGCUUGUGCUGCAAAAAGCUUUAGACCGAGAGAAACAGCCUGUGAUUCAGCUCACAUUGACCGCCAUAGACGGAGGAAAACCUCCACGAACUGGGACCAUAAAGAUCAAUGUAGAUGUAAUAGAUGUAAAUGAUAAUGUUCCUGUCUUUAGUAAACCGCUGUACAAAACACAGAUACCAGAAAACGCACCGCCUGGAACUUCAGUUAUCACUGUUCAUGCAGAGGACGCUGAUGCAGGAUUAAACGGAGAGGUGGUGUAUAGUUUCAUAAAUCAUAAUAAUGACAAGAAUAUUGAGUCAUUCCAGAUUGACAGAGUAACUGGUGAAAUAACGGUGAAGGGGCAGCUAGAUCACGAGACAAGCAGCGCAGUUGAAAUUCGAGUACAGGCGAGAGACAAUGGACACACACCUCGGGCUGCGCACAGCAAAGUUUUGAUUGAAAUUAUUGAUGUUAACGACAAUGUACCUGAAAUAUCUGUAACUUCUUUAGAAAACAAUGUGAAAGAGGGAUCACUUAAGGGAACAAUGGUGGCACUUAUAACAGUGAAAGAUGAAGAUGCUGGCCAAAAUGGGGCCAUAAAACUGAAAAUACUCGAUGCUGUUCCUUUCAGAAUACAGAACGCAUACAAAAAUAAAUACUCAUUAGAAGUAGAUGGUCAUUUAGACAGAGAGAGAACAUCUCAGUAUGACAUCAGUUUGAUUGCCACUGAUGAAGGGACCCCACCUCUCUCUAGUUCCACUGUAAUUACUGUACACGUUUCUGAUGUGAAUGAUAACCCACCGCGCUUUCCAGAGCCCGUCAUUAAUGUUUAUGUGAAAGAAAACAGUCAGAUAGUAGCUGUUAUUCAUACAGUAUCUGCUUUUGAUCCUGAUGUUGGUGAUAAUGCCAGAAUAACAUAUUCAUUACUUGACAAUUCUAGCCCAGUUUCAUCUCUGGUGAACAUAAACUCCGCCAGUGGAGAUAUUAACAGUUUACAGUCUUUUAACUAUGAAGAGAUGAAAACGUUUCAGUUUAAAGUUCAGGCCACAGACUCUGGAGCUCCUCCACUGAGCAGUAAUGUGAGUGUGAACGUUUUUAUCCUGGAUGAGAAUGACAACAGUCCCGGGAUUCUCGCUCCCUAUUCUGAGCACGGCUCCGUUAACACCGAGAACAUUCCCUAUUCUGCUGAAGCGGGCUACUUUGUGGCCAAGAUCAGGGCUGUAGACGCGGAUUCCGGUUAUAACGCGCUGCUUUCUUAUCACAUCUCUGAACCCAAAGGAAACAAUCUGUUCCGGAUCGGAAGCAGCAGCGGGGAGAUCAGGACUAAGAGGAGAAUGAGUGACAAUGACCUGAAAACCCACCCGCUGGUCAUUGUGGUCUCUGAUAGCGGAGAGCCCUCACUGUCAGCCACUGUGUCUAUUGAUGUCGUGGUGGUCGAAAGUACAGGUGACAUCCAGACUCAGUUCAAACACGCUCCGAUAAAGGAGGAGAGCUUCUCGGAUCUAAAUCUGUAUCUGCUGAUCGCCACUGUGUCGGUUUCAGUCAUCUUUUUACUGAGCCUCAUCAGUUUAAUAGCAGUAAAAUGCUGCAGGACAGACGGCAGUUUCAGCAGGUACAGCGCCCCGGUGAUCACCACACACCCUGAUGGGAGCUGGUCUUACUCCAAAUCCACUCAGCAGUACGACGUGUGUUUUAGCUCCGACACUCUGAAGAGUGACGUAGUGGUUUUCCCUGCGCCAUUUCCGCCUGCAGAUGCGGAACUGAUCAGUAUUAAUGGAGGAGACACGUUUACCAGAACACAGACUCUCCCUAAUAAAGAGAAGGUAAGAAGCCGGCUACCUUUAAUGUCACCAAUUUGUAUGAUUAUGGAGCAUAAUUUUACAGGUCUUCAUAGCCUCCAGUAUUAUCCGUUACCAGUAUAG